AAGCUCCAGAUAUGGCUGAAGGAAAUGCACACUUGCUUGUGACCAAUGGUGUGUUGUUGUACGGAACAGACUGAGACAGAUUGUAGGAGCAUCAACCAACUGGAAGUAUGUCUUUGUGGAAUGUUGUGUAGUAACAAAUCAGAACUUCUCAACCUGCAGCUGGCGGGCUGUUUGUGGCCAUGUGACGAUCUCUCUGUUUUAUAAUUAUGCCACACGUUGGGUAUUUGUAUAGUACACUGUUAACUGUAAUUACAUGCUUUUAUAACUCUCAUUUUCCUAUUGCAGGGACCAUCAGCAGGCGCUGGCAGAAAGAUUAUCACUAAGUAAACACCUCGCUGACAGUCAGGAGUCACUGCCUGCAAAGACGAUGAAGGACAGUGAGAUUGAGGUUCAUCUUCCGCUGGGUACACAGUCCUCACUCAGAGAGAAAUACCUUAACUUUCACAACAGUGUCAGGUUUGGUCGCAUUUUGGAGGACCUUGACAGUUUAGCAGUGCUGAUCUGUUACUCACACACGUAUAAUAAGGAGCUGGACAGAUCACCGCUGUCUAUCGUUACAGCGCUGGUGGACAAGAUUGACAUGAGAAAGAACAUCAUCUAUCCGGACUGUGACAUCAAGUUCACAGGUCAUGUCACGUGGGUCGGCAAGACCUCCAUUGAAGCAAAGAUGCACAUGACGCAGUUCCAUGACGGGGCGUACACUCCAGUGCUGGAUGCUACGUUUGUGAUGGUAGCUCGAGAUCCAGAAAAUAAAAGGGCAGCUUUUGUAAACCCUCUUAAACUGGAGAGCCCGAAUGAGGAGAAGAUCUUUACACAAGGAGAAGUUAACAAGACGAGGCGUGUGGAGUUGAGCACAGCCUCCUUACUCAAGGUGGCACCUACGGCUGAAGAGAGGACGGUCGUACACGACCUGUUCCUCAGUACACUCGACCCCAAAACAGUGAGCUUCCGUGGUCGUGUCCUUCCCCCCAACUCUGUUUGGAUGGAAGAUGCCAAACUAAAAGGACUGGAGAUCUGCCAUCCACAGGAAAGGAACAUUUUCAAUCGGAUAUUUGGUGGCUUCCUGAUGAGGAAGGCGUACGAGCUAGGCUGGACCAACGCCUGUGUAUUUGCUGGCUGCAGACCGACUCUGGUAGCAGUGGAUGAUAUCAUGUUCCGAAAGCCUGUAGAGAUCGGUUCCCUGCUGCUCUUAUCAUCACAGGUGUGUUACACUGAAGGUCAUCACAUCCAGGUCAGAGUUCACACGGAGGUGCUCGAUCCUUUGACCAGGCAGCACGACACCACCAACGUCUUUCACUUCACAUUCAGGGUGGAAAAGGAUGUUCCGUCCGUCGUGCCACAGAGCUACGGAGAAUCAAUGCUGUACCUGGAUGGGAAAAGGCACUUUGAGGAAACAGUCAAGGGCCAGUGAAGGAGGUUUCGUCAUGUCAUCUGUGCAUUAUAAUGCAGCAUUUUAUAUUAAUAUAAGAAAAGUUCUGAAGGAAAAAAACAGCAAAAGAAAAAGAACUAUUUUUAAAGGAUGUUGGGGAUGCUAUUUAAAAUCAGCACAUUGAUUUUUCUUUAAACGUCUUUAAAAUAUAUUUAUCCACAGUGGUAGUUGCUUUAAACAUAGUUUUAUCAUUUUUUAUAUUUGCAAAUGUACAAAUGGACCAGCAUUACAAAAGACGGUGCUUAGGACUGUAGUAAACUGCGUACUGUUGUUAUUUGCAUUUUUUAAUAUUAAGAAAUUAUAAUAUUUUGCAUUUUAUAUCACCAUAUUUAUAGGAUGUGAGUUCAUUUUCAGAUUGUCAGAUGCAUAUCAUUGCUAUGGAAUUGUGUUCCAGAACAUUGUUUUUUUUUUGUUUUUUUACUUUUUUCAUUGUUCUACUUCCUGUUACAAUAAAAACAACAAAUAUUUACAGCAAUAAUGUUAAAAUUUUAGUCAUGUAACAAAAUGAACCCAAUGUUAGGGGAAAUUGUAUCCCUUUUAUUGUUUGUAUGAUCCCGUUUGAUACUACAAAUAAUAGAAGUAUUUAAGUCUGUACAUUAAAAACAAAGCAACUAAAAUGUAACACUGCGGUCAAGCCAGCCUCCACUUCCAAAUGCUCAGUCAAAUCAGCCCCCCACGUUGUUUUUAAGGAUGUGCGUAUACUAAACAUUACGGUAAUAGCGUCUGGUAACACUGAUAAAAAAAAAGUCACUGACAACCUGAACGUGUCUACAUCAGUUAUAAAUAUAUCAGUUAAAAACAUAUCGGUUACAAAGAUAUAUAAAUAUAUCACUUAAAAAUAUGAAUAUAUCAGUUAAAAUAUAUAUAAAUAUAUCAGGUAAAAAUUAAAUAAUUAAAUUAACCAAUUUCGUCCUGCAAACUGAAUUUGGGAUACAAUUUCAAGCUUUAAAAAAAUAACCUGACAUUAUGAUUUUACUUUAAAUUUAAAGUCAACUAAAAUUUAAUCUUAGCUCUUUAUUUUUUAUUGUUCUUAAAAGAAUUCUCUAGUUUCCCCACAACAAUUUCACUUUAUAAUGAUAGUUCACCAUCUGUAGAUAUCACUCAGUUAAUGUCAAGCAAUUCUGAUGUGUCAUUUCUAA